GCCAUGCGCUGUCCCUCGCCUUCCCUCCGCGCCCCGCCCCGGGCACGCAGGUGCAGGACGGGGGUGGUCUGUCCGCUGUGCCAUGGCCGGGGCUGCGAAGGGCAGCCCGGAGCGCCCGGCGGAGGAGGAUUACAGGCUGUCAAUUUGCAGCAAAUUAUGCUAUGCAAUAGGAGGCGCCCCAAACCAAGUGGCAGGGAGUGCUACUGCUUUCUUCCUCCAGAUCUACCUGCUAGACAUAGCCCAUAUAACUCCAUUUCAUGCCUCUUUGGUGCUGUUCAUUGGCAAAGCCUCAGGUGCAGUUACUGAUCCUGUUGCUGGCUUUUUUAUUAGCAAAAGUAGAUGGACAAAAAUUGGACGGCUUAUGCCUUGGAUGCUGGCAUGUACACCCUUCACAAUAGUGUCCUACUUUUUUAUGUGGUUCCUGCCUCCUUUUGUAUCAGGAAGAGUUGCAUGGUACUUGACUUUCUACUGCCUUUUCCAAGCACUGACGACUUUAUUCCAAGUACCGUACUCUGCCCUCACCAUGUUUCUCAGCACAGACCAGAAGGAGAGAGAUUCUGCAACAGCGUACCGAAUGACCAUGGAAGUGCUUGGGACCUUGAUUGGAGCUGCACUUCAGGGACAGAUUGUGGCCAGUGCUCAUGUCUCUCAUCACUGCACUGUGAAUCCCCCAGUAAACACAACUGACUCCUGGCAUGACUCUUCCAUCUUUCCAGACCCUUCAGAUCCCCUGUCUCAUCAAGCAAAAGUUUAUAUGAUUGCAGCAGGGGUCAUAGGAGGUGUGUAUCUUCUUGGAAUUAUCAUUCUUUUUCUUGGAGUGAAGGAAAAAGAUGAUCCUUAUGCCUUAAAUUCAGACAGAGCAAUACCUUUUUGUAAGGGGCUUGGACUCACCAUGAAGCAUGGUCCAUACGUGAAGCUUACAGCUUCAUUUCUUCUCAUCUCAACAGCAGUUCAGUUGGAGCAGAGCAACUUUGUCCUGUUCUGCACUCAUGCUGCUGGUCUUCACAGUCACUUCCAGUAUUUGGUAGUGACCAUCUUGGUAUCAGCAGCUGUGAGCAUUCCCUUCUGGCAGAAGAUUCUACAGCGAUUUGGCAAGAAAUGUGCAGCAUUCGGGAUUGCGUGGAUGACUCCUUUUGCAAUCAUGCUAGUCACCAUUCCAAACCUCAUCCUGGCUUACUUUGUGGCCUUUGUCUCUGGUCUGAGCAUCGCAGCAUCUCUUCUGUUGCCAUGGUCAAUGCUGCCUGAUGUUGUUGAUGACUUUCGCCUGCGGAAUCCUCAUGGAAAAGGACAUGAAACUAUUUUCUAUUCUUCUUAUGUUUUCUUUACCAAGAUGUCAGCAGGAAUUGGCUUAGGAAUUUCUGCAGCUGGACUGGAGUUUACUGGAUACAAGCCAGGGUUAUGCAGACAACCCAAUGAUGUGAUCCUUACACUGAAAAUCCUCAUUGGAGCGGUCCCUGCUAUCCUCAUCUUUGUAGGCUUAUUUAUACUUCUUUUCUACCCAAUCACUGAAGAAAGCCGAAGAGAAACAAAGCUUGCACUUGAGGUGUUAAGGAGGAGCCAUCAAAGCACAGACACCCUGGACAAAGAGGAUAUCUCAGUCUGAAAGCUCCAAAUACAGCGACUUUCCAAAUACAGUCUCACAUCUCACGCACAAACUCUGUGAGAGUCUCCCAGGUCAUUUCUCUGCUCACAUUUUAUCAAAAAGGAUAAAGGAUGAUUCUGACACAGUCAGAAAUGAAAUCAAGAGAGAACACCACCGUGCAAAAGAGAUAUCUAACUUUAUGCACUGUGCUAAAAAAGACAUUACAAGUGUUCAGGAAUGUGAGCUGUUGAAGGCUUGGGUUUUUUUGUUUGUCUGUCAGUGAUUAAUGGAAAGCUAUGAUCUCACUGCAAUGGGAGAUUCUAUGGACUUGUAGGUCAGGGGAAAAGGAUGUAAAUAUUAUGCACCACCCAAAUUUUAACUCGUGAUAUAUUUCACCCUUAGGGGCUGGGAUGGAUUUUGAACAUAAUUUCUACCUAUAAAUUGCACACUAGUGUAUUUGGAAAGCACUUUGGAAUGCUAAAGUAUACUAUAAAGUUAGGAUUUAUUUUGUUUUUAAAUGAAGCAAAUCACUGAUGCAGACAUGUUUUGAGGAUUUUCUCACAGAGUUUUUCUGAAAAAGUCAGGGAUGCCAUCAUGCUUUAGAUACAUUACCUGAAAACUCAUUUUUACUAUAGAUUCUGAACCCUGCCGAUUCUGAACACUGAACCUAUUUUAUAGAUUCCUAAGCUUAGGUAGGUCUUUCACUUUCUGGAGCACUUCAUUUCAGACUGGUCGUUCUGGGUUUCUUCUAUAGAGAAAUGGAGACAUCCAGAGGCUGUCUCCAAGCUUAAGCUAAAAUGAUUGGACUCUGAAGUCAUAUCUAUAUCUAGAGGGGAGAGUGAUGAAUCCAAGAGUUGAAGGCUUGUUCGCCUUGAAGACAUUAGCACUAUGCAAGACAAGAUAUGAAUUUACAGCCCACUGGCUUCAUUCUCUGAGUAUGUGGGAGGGUGCCUUUAUUUUGUACUAGAAGUGCCUUUGGCUUGCUGCUGCUUGGGAGCACUUGCAGUGAGUGUGUCACUGGGGACAGUGACCACAAGUAAUUCACUCCAGGCCAUCUGGGAAGUGACUCAGUGCUGGGACUGGAAACUGAAAGCUUUUACUGAAAGAAACUGUGAAAUAUAACCGGUGCACCCACUGCGUGUCUCAUUAAGUUUCAUACUGAAACCUUUUCAGGCAAGUUUGAAGUCUGCAGCCUAAUGAACUGUACUAAUUCAGCAAAACACUUGAUUAUGAGUGACCUUUUAAGGAUAUAUUUUGAGUGUGUGUUGGUAAAAGUUAGCUGUGUUUAAGACUUCUGCUGUAUUGACAUCAAAGGCUGGGGUUUUUUUUUUCUUUGUUUCGGUUCUUGGACAAAUCAAGAUUUGUAUGCCUGGGGCAUAUGUGUUUACAACAAUAAAAACCAUAAGCCUGUUUACAAUUUUGAGUCUGAUGGAAUUCGAAAUAGCAGAUUGACUGCACCUUGAAGUAGGUAAGUUAUGUGGUAAUCUCACAUAGCUCCAAAACAUCUUAGAAAACAGCUUUGAGGGGUUGAUUUAUUCUGUAAUAUUUGUAAUAUUCUGUAAUAUUUCUGAAUAGUUAUCUUUAAAAACAACCAGAAAUCCCAGUAAAGGCUGGUUAUGUUUUAGCUGCUAUAAAUCUGUAGCUACAAGGCAAUGGAUCUGUGUCAGUUUAUGUAAGCCAAAUACUUAGCCCAGUGAUAAAAGGGUUGCAAAAACUGCUGGCUGUGCUUGAUUGGAGUAAUUUCAGUGUGGCUUAAGAUAUUAUUUCUAGAUCAGUUAUGCAGCUGCCUCUAAAUUGCACAAUGCCCCACCUGAAUUCAGUCACUUGUAAGAUAAACUUGGUUGAUUGUAAACCGAUUUCUUCUUCUCCACAGAGACAAUAAUUAUCUCACAAAGAUGUACUUGGUCCUCACUUUGCAUAUGGAAUCAAUAAUGGAAACUGCCAAAAUAAAGCAGAAAGCCUCCAUAGAUGAAUUUUA